AUGGCGUCGAUCGUGCUCGCCGGCGGUGCCGCCGCGGCGUUCUUCCGCCAGAAAUCCGCGACGAAAUCGCAGCUUCAAAAGACAACGGUCGAGAAUGAGUCACAGCUUCAAAGCGUCCAUCGCGCGCGUAUCGACGCCGAAUGCGAGCUGGCGCUCAUGCACGCCGAUCACGAAGACGCGCUUGAACGACUGCGCGAAAGCGAGGCGCGAAACGCGGCGUUGGAGGCGACGAUGAAAGAAAUGGAGGAACAGCGGGAGGAGACGGCGUCAAAGGUGAGGGCGGAAAAGGAACAGACGACGAAACUUCGGUUCUCGUUGACUGUGGCGAAUGGCAGGAUCGAUAAAAUGCGCAAAGAAAUCGAUGCGCUCAAGGCGCAGGUAAGCGAGGAGGGGAAACUGUCGGAGGAGAACAAGAGAUGGAAAGAACGGGCCAACGACGCGUCGAAAAAUUUGGAGACGACGAGGGGACGCGUGCGAGAAUUGACGGAGAAGAAUGGGGAGUUGGUGAAGGAAAAGUCUAGGCUUGAGCACGAGCUCGAGGAUGCUAAGGCAGCAGAAGCAAAACUGGAGACGGCGCGUGCGCGAAACGUGCAGUUGACCGAUGAAUUAGACGCGAAAAACCAAGAGUUGGCGGCGUCGACGCACGCUUUGCAAGAUGCAGAGGUCAAUUUUCGACACUCUGAGAGUCAAAAUGUGCAACUUGGGAUCGAGGUAGAAGAAUUGCGGGAACAAGUCGUCGCACUACGCGCUCAGGAGAUUGAGUUACAAGCCGAGUUGAAAGAAAUGCUCGAAACAUUGAAUAUGGUGACGUCGAACGAGCACGAGGGCGAAUUCGAGCGUGACGCCGAAAUCGAGCGCAUGAUGGAAAAGUUGAGCACCCCAUUGUCCGAACGUCAGGGAUCUAGUAUGGCGAGUGGUGAUAUGCAGGAUGUCAGCCAUAGAAUGGCCGUCCUGAUGGCUCGUGUGGAGGAGUGCAAGACGCCGAUGGGGAUUUCGAAAGCGAUAGCGGAGUUGGAUGAGCUUCAAGUCAAGCUCAGAGAUCUUCAGGGCGACGAAGACGACGAUAUCACUCCGCCUGACGUGAACUCACCGGACGCUUGGCCCAUCUCGCCUCCGUCACCGGUGACGACGUCUAAGAAUAUAUCCGAUGAUGUUAACAUCGGUGAGAUUACGCCGCAACGAAGCUUGAACUUUGGCGACACGUCGCCGCCGCCGAAAGGCGCCGCGAAGGAUGGCAUGUGCGCCAAGUGUGGUAUCAUCCCCAUCGCCGAUGGAUGCGACGGUCGAUGCGCGCUCUGCCAUGCGAAAAAGCAGCAAAAGCUCGCGGCUUCGCCGUUACAGCGUGGACUUGCAAGUUUCAAGGACGUCUUUUCGCCAUCGAAAGAGAAGAAGGAGGCACGAUCGGCCAAAAAGUCGAACAAGAAGAAAGGGAACAAGAAAAAGUAA